AUGGACACAGACACAGGCAUGCACCAAAACCAGCACAACAACCAACAGUUCAAAACCCUGCACAACAACCACCUCCACAACCAACAGUUCAAAAACCAGCACAGCAACCAACAGUUCAAAAUCCAGCACAACAACAACCACAAACAGAGCAAGGACAUAAAAGAAGUAGAGAACAAGGAAACCAAGAAUUCUUAA